AAGAAAAGAGGCAAAUUGCCGAGCAGCUCGCGUCCUUCCCUCCCGCGACGGCGCCGCCCCGAAAAAAUCGAGGGAGGAGCAGGCCCUUGGAUUCUGUCCUUGAGAUCCAAAAUCAAGCUAAGCAGCAGCUCCAGCGUGCAGCUAUGGUGGUCGCUGCCGCACACGCUGAAGUUCUCCCGCUUUCCAAGGGUAAGAAGGACCCCAGCUGUCCGGAAACCUCGCCGGUCUUACCAGCCACGGCGAUUGCAGACUGGUCCUGUCUCCCGUACGACCUCGUCCGCCGCAUCGCCGAAUCCUUCCUCACCACCAACGACGUCGAUUGGUACAUGGACUUACGCGCCGUGUGCCACGACUGGCGCUCCGCCACCGACGACCCCAGGAACAACACCUCGGAUUGCCGGUUUCGCCCGCGCGGGUGGAUCAUCCUUGACGAGGCCUUCGAGAGCGACACGCGCCGCCUGUUGCUCAACACCGCCACCGGGCGAUUAAUCCACAAGGAGCUCGUGCCGCUCAGCGACUACUAUGUGGUCGCCACCACUCUUGAGGGCUUCUUUAUCCUGGCCGACAAGAGCCCUCCUCACGCCGCGCGCAUCUUCAGCCCUCUCACCGGCGCCAUGAUCCAUUUCAAGGCGCCCAUGCCGCCCGAUGGGGAGGUCACCGCUGCAGUCUGCUUUAUCAUGGAUUUGCCCAUUCUUAAUUUAUUCUGCGGCUCGUCUCACAAGCAUUACAUGGCGUAUACUGAAAGUGAAUCUUUCUUCGCCCGCGACUAUGAGGACGCAAUUUAUAGUUUCUUGCAGAGGGUGAUCAAAGGUGGGUUUGAUGGCGGUUGGACGGAAUCAACCAUGUUAGAUGAGUUGGUCCGCAAGAUGGGCAAUUUGAUGAUGUUGCUUCGUGUUGAUCCUCAUAAGUUUUUCUCCGAUGAUCUUCCUGUGACUGAACAUGAAAACAAUGUCCGUUGUUUCCUAGUCGAGUUUGGUGGACAAGUGCUGAUCAUUAUUAAGCGACAGCUGCUCACUAUGGUUUGCAAGUUUGAAGCCAACAGUGACAAGCUCGUGCCUUUGAUGAGCAUCAGCAACCAUGCUAUCUUUAUCGGUCAUCAGAGGUGCCUCGUAGUCGAUGCAGAUAAUUUCCCAGGCAUCGAGGCAAACUGUAUCUACUAUAUUGAACACCUGGGUUCGUCAUCACACAUCUGUAUGCGCAACCUCCAGGACCAGAAAGCAGAGAGGAUCUCUAAAGCUGUUGAUUUCGUGAAGCAAGACAAGCAAUUUGUCCUCGUCGCCGAUCGUCCUUUCACGAUUAUCCAGCUUCUCUCGAGCUACACCAUCAACAUCCGGGAUUCCGAAUUGGCCUUACAACAACAGAUCACGUGA